AUGUUGAAUAAUCCUUUAUCAAAAAAUAUAGAAAUAAAUGUUGUUGAGUCUCAAAAUGACGCAAUACAACCUUCUGUGCAAAAUGAUACAAGCCCCAAAUCUUUGGAUCACUUAAGUACCUCGUACGUCCCACGUUAUGAACAGCCUGUUUGUGAUAUUAAAAUUACCGAAUUAUCGGAAAUAGCGUAUCUAGCAGCAGGUGGUUUUGGUAAGGUUUACACAGCACAAUGGAAAGGAAGACGUGUAGCAGUAAAGAGUGUUGGCUGUAAAAAACCUAGAGAGUUAAAAGAUUUUAACCGUGAGAUAAUAGCGCAUCCAAGAAAUGUUCUAAUUCAUGAGGGAAGUACUCAUCAAAUAAGAGCUCUUUUGGCUGAUUUUGGUCUCUCGAAAUUCCUUCUAGAUUCAAAGGGAACAUCAGUAGUUCGUGGAAUAGCGCCUUAUGUUGACCCAAAAUUGCUAUUCAAUUCCAAUUAUUCGCAUGAGAAAUCCUCUGAUAUUUAUAGUUUCGGAGUCUUAAUGUGGGAAGUAUAUACUUGUCUCCCACCAUUUGGUGGUAAAAGUGAUCAUAAAUUAGCUUUUGAACUUUUUCUUGGCAGAAGAGAAGAGCCAAAAGUAGGAAUGCCUAAGUACGCAGUAUGUAGAUUUCUGCAAUUACCAUUUGUGGAAGAUUUAAAAGAACUCAUCUCUGAACGAAUGUGUGAUAAACGUGAGCCGAAAAACAAAAACACGACCACCACUAACAAUGUCUACAACGAAGUUGGGCGUUCUAAUAAAUCGCAAGAGCCAAAAGAACUCAAUAAACCACAAGAAACACAUAAAAUUGAAACAAUUGAAAGAACCUAUCCCAAAAACAAUUUAUUAGGAAGCAACAAGAUUUUUAUCAUUUUCUUCAUCUUUAUUAUCACCACGGAAUUUGU